AUGACUUUAGAUCGCAUUCUGUUUCAGAUUAUCUGGAUUAUUAUAAUUGCCAAUAUCUGGAAUGUUUACCUUAUUGGUGCAGGAUCAGCCGGAAGUGUGGUGGCAAGCCGUCUGUCAGAAGACCCAGAUGUGUCAGUCCUGCUGCUGGAGGCCGGAGAGUUUGACGGGGACCGGGCACAAGUGUUCAUCCCUGGCCUGGCUCUCCUCAACCUCCGCAGUGAUUUCGACUGGUGGUACAUGUCAGAACCCCAGAAUGGCGUCAUGACGGGUCUCAAAGGAGGGCGAUCCUACUGGCCAAGGGGUAAAGUUCUUGGAGGUUCCAGCAGUCUCAAUGCCAUGCAGUACGUGAGAGCUUCCCGACACGAUUAUGAUCGCUGGGCUGAGUACACCAAAGACGAGGGCUGGAGCUAUCAGCACGUCCUGCCUUACUUCAAGAAGUCAGAGGACAUCCGGAUUCCCGAGCUUCAAAAUUCACCCUACCAUGGUCACGGCGGACCAUUCACCAUCAACCAUAUCAAGUAUAAACCUCUGAGCGCAAAAAUCGUGGAAGCGGCGCAGGCAGCAGGAUAUCCUUACAAUGAGGACUACAACGGGAGAACGCAGGAAGGCAUCUCCCAUUCACAAGUAAACACCUUCAACGAUGAACGUAUGAGUACUGGUCGAGCCUUCAUCCACCCUGUUCUAGACAGGCCCAACCUGGACGUGGCAGUGAAAGCGCACGUCAAGAAGAUAAUCAUCAAUAACAAACGAGCUGAGGGAGUUGAGGUGAUCAAAAAUGGGAAGAAGCACAUUAUUCGUUCCAACAAAGAGAUCAUCCUGUCCGCAGGAGCUGUCAAUUCCCCACAGAUACUCAUGUUGUCUGGUAUCGGGCCCAGGAAACAUCUGGAAAGUUUAAAGAUCCCUGUUGUGGCUGAUCUUCCUGUUGGACAGAAUCUCCAGGACCACAUGUGGUUCGACAUGGGCGUCAGAAUCAGAGAGCCCAUUACCAAUUCUUGGCCGAGAGUUAAAACGUUUUGGUCACAGUUACAAUACAAGCUGUUUGGCACAGGUCCACUGAAUUCACCGUUCAGUCUGGAAGUGUUGGGGUUCAAAAGUACGACCAAGGAGACUAAAGCCAAGGAUUGGCCCGACUUGCAGAUACAUUUCAUCGAGAUUAUGCCCAAUGAUAUUCUCAUGGAUAUCUUUAAUUAUGCCGAAGAAACCAAGGCUGAACUAGCUGACAGAAACAGGGGAGACUACGGCUUCACUUGCCUGCCCUCCAUCAUGAGACCAGAGAGCAUCGGAAACAUCACCCUGAAAUCUGCGGAUCCCUUCGACUACCCCGUCAUACAGGCCAACUAUCUAGCGGCACAGGAAGACAGAGAAGUCUUGAUAAGAGGUAUUCAAGAGUGCAAGAAGAUUGUCAGCGCUAAACCUCUGCAAGAUGUGGGCGCUGAGUUCACGGAGAAGGGACCAGAGUCCGCCUGCAAGCAGCACAGAUACGACUCUCACGAGUACUGGGAGUGUCUGGUUAAACACAGAGCUCUGACCAUCUACCACCCAGUCGGGACCUGCAAGAUGGGUCCUAAGGGGGAUCCAACGGCCGUGGUGGACCCAGAAUUGAGAGUACAAGGAAUAUCCGGACUCCGUGUGGCCGAUGCUUCCAUUAUGCCAUGGCUGGUCUCUGGUAACACAAAUGGUCCGUCAAUUAUGAUUGGAGAGAAGGCUGCUGACUUGAUCAAGGGGAAGAAGUUGGCACCGCUAUUAGAUUUAUAA